AUGCGGUUUUGUGUUGAUUAUCGCCGUCUGAAUGACGUUACUAAGAAGGACAGCUAUCCAUUGCCAAGAAUUGACGACACGCUGGACAUGCUUACAGGAGUAAAGUGGUUUAGCACGCUGGAUCUAAAAAGUGGCUACUGGCAAGUUGAAAUUGACCCUAAGGACAAGGAGAAAACUGCGUUCUCGACGGAAAAGGGUCUGUGGCAAUUUAAAGUAAUGCCGUUUGGGUUGUGCAAUGCUCCAGCAACAAACCUAGAACGCGUGCUUAUGAAGAUUCAGAGUGCCAACCUCAAGUUGAAUCCGAAGAAAUGUUCACUAUUCAAACGGCAAGUCAACUUUUUGGGGUAUGUAGUGUCGGAAGAAGGUAUCCGCACGGAUUCAGAGAAGAUCGCAGCUGUAAAGGAUUGGCCGUUUCCAAAAGACAAGACGCAGGUUAGAGCAUUUUUGGGUUUGUGCUCCUAUUACCGGCGACUUGUGAAGAACUUUGCAGAUAUAGCCAAACCUCUGCAUAAGCUAACCGAGGAGAAGCGACAUUUCUGCUGGGAUGAAAGUUGCAAUAUCGCAUUCCAGGAGCUCAAGGACCGUUUGUGCAAAACACCUAUUUUGGGAUACCCUGAUGCAAGCAAAGAAUUUAUAGUUGACACAGACGCAAGUGAUAUAGGAUUUGGCGGUGUGUUGUCUCAACGGAAUGGUGACCAAGAGGUCGUGAUAGCGUACUUCAGCAAGUCGUUGUCAAAACUGGAAAGGAACUAUUGUGUCACAAGACGCGAAUUGCUAGCUGUGGUAAAGUCGUUGCAGCAUUUUAGCAAAUAUCUUGUGGGACGAAAAUUUCGCUUAAGAACUGACCAUGCUGCACUAAAAUGGCUAUUGCAGUUUAAAAAUCCAGAAGGACAAGUUGCGAGGUGGAUUGAACUACUGCAAGAAUACGACUUUGGGAUCGAACAUCGCAGCGAGAAAUCUCAUGGCAACGCAGAUGCAUUGUCACGAAGACCUUGUCCUGAAGAUUGCAAACAUUGUACUAGGCAGGAGAGUAAGGAAGUGGUAUCCGUGAGGAUGCUCAUGGCAGACCACCUCAGCAACGAGUGGAAGGACAGCUUACAACGUGCACAGCAGAAAGAUCCGGACAUCAAGCCGAUCCUGGAAUGGAUGAAGGCCAGUGCUCUCAAGCGCAAGUGGAGCGACAUCUCAGCGAUGAGUUCGACCACUAAAAGCUAUUGGGCCCAAUGGGACAGCUUGCUGCUUCAGGAUGGAGUUCUGUGCCGUAAAUGGGAAAAUGUUCGGGGAGACAGCUGUCAUUUACAAAUGGUUGUCCCUAAAGCUAAAGUACCGGAUGUUCUACAGCUGUACCAAAAUGAUUAUUCAGGAGGCCAUCUGGGAGUUAAACGAACUCUACUGAAGAUCCGAGAACGGUUUUACUGGGUCCACUGUCGAAACGAUGUCGAGGACUGGUGUCGCAAAUGUACAAGUUGUGCAGCUGUAAAGGGACCUCAGACUCGUAGUAGAGGUGCAUUGAAGUUGUACAAUGUUGGUGCACCAUGGGAGAGAAUAGCCAUUGACGUGGCGGGGCCGUUUCCGGAGAGUGAAAGCGGUAACAAGUAUUUCAUGGUUGUGAUGGAUUACUUCACUAAGUGGCCAGAAGUCUUCGCCAUUCCAAAUCAAGAUGCUUCAACAGUUGCAGAUAAACUAGUUCAUGAAGUCUUCUGUCGUUUUGGAGUACCUUUAGAGAUUUACAGUGAUCAAGGAAGGAAUUUUGAAUCUCAAAUAUUCCAGAAAACUUGCCGAGUUAUGUGUACUCAUAAAACUUAA